AAUAGCUGUCUGGGGAUGCCGCAGGGGGAGGGUUCUCACGCCGCACGGGGCGGAGCCCCGGGACUUGGGGCGGGACCUAGAACAGAGACCGGUGGGACUUCUGAGCCGGUACCUGUGGAAGGCGGGACUCUGGGUCUGGGGGCGGAACUAGGGCUGGUGAGGGGCGGAGUCUGGACCUUGAAGGAGGGGCUGGAACAGGCGGAAGGCGGAGCCUCGGGUUUGGAAACAGAAGGGGUACAGGACCAGGUGCUGGGGGCGGGGCUUCAGUUGGUAUUCCAUGCCCUUCCUGCCCUUCCGGUCGAUUGGUCGGUCGGGGUCUGUUCCCGCAGAGACAUGAGACUCAGCUGGGUCCUGACAGUACUGUCCAUCUGCCUGAGUGCCCUGGCCACAGCUGCGGGGGCCGAGGGCAAACGGAAACUGCAGAUCGGGGUCAAGAAGCGGGUAGACCACUGUCCCAUCAAAUCGCGGAAGGGGGACGUCCUGCACAUGCACUACACGGGGAAGCUGGAAGAUGGGACGGAGUUUGACAGCAGUCUGCCCCAGAACCAGCCCUUUGUCUUCUCCCUGGGCACAGGCCAGGUCAUCAAGGGCUGGGACCAGGGGCUGCUGGGGAUGUGUGAGGGGGAAAAGCGGAAGCUGGUGAUUCCAUCAGAGCUGGGGUAUGGAGAGCGGGGAGCUCCCCCGAAGAUCCCAGGUGGUGCAACCCUAGUGUUCGAAGUGGAGCUGCUCAAAAUUGAGCGACGUUCCGAACUGUAGCCAAGCUGGGGAGGGCCAGUGGAGACGCCCCCAUCAGGGACCAGACUGUUUCAAAACAAAACAAAAAAAAGCCCUUAAAGCUCA